CACGCCGCCAACCACCUAGCUGCUUCCAAGUCCCUCAGCCGCUGUGGUGGGAUAGUCUAUGGCCGGAAUCCGGUGAGUUCCCGAUCCCCCCUGCGGCCGCUACCUCGUGUCUCGCUACAAGCAGUCGCGCCUGGAUCUCAACACCCGGUCCGGAGCCUUCUGAUCUCCAGAGCCGCAAGCCUCGGGUCGGGUCCCCACGAGCUCGAUCCGCUCAAUUUGAAUCCAGCACGGGGAGCAUUCGAAGCCGUUCUACGAUUCGCAGGCCUCAGCAGCGAGAACCGAUUCCCCGACCACAGCCAGCGCGUUGUGGAAUGGGAUAUCCCCGGCCAGCCACCGCGGCGAGAUGGUGACGGGGAGCUUCAGCCGGAGCACGUCGGCGCGGCUCACAGCUCGGGGCGGCGCGGGGAGCCCGCGGGUCGCCGCCGCCACCGCCGCACAGCGCAAGUGGUGGUGGUCGGCGCCGUCCCUCGAGACCGUCGCCCUCGCCUGCUUCCUGGCCUGCUGCGCGCUCGUGCUCUCGGGCGGCCUCUACCUCUCCGUGUCCCGCUACCUGGGCCGGGACCGCGCCGUCGCCGACUUCGCCGGGGAGGGCCUCCACUCCUGCGACGUGUUCGACGGCAGCUGGGUGCGGGACGAGGGGUACCCGCUGUACAACAGCUCCGAGUGCGCCUUCGCGGAGCGCGGGUUCAACUGCCUCGCCAACGGGCGGAGGAGCACCGAGUACCUCAAGUGGCGCUGGAGGCCGCGGCGGUGCGACCUGCCGCGGUUCAGCGCCCGGAGCGCGCUGGAGUGGCUCAGAGGGAAGCGGGUCGUGUUCGUGGGGGACUCCAUGAGCCGCACGCAGUGGGAGUCCUUCAUCUGCAUGCUCAUGACGGGGGUGGACGAUCCGAAGACGGUUUACGAGGUUAAUGGCAACCAGAUCUCCAAGACCAUCCGGUUUUUAGGAGUGAGGUUUGAGUCGUUCGACCUUAGUGUGGAGUUCUUCCGGUCCGUGUUCCUUGUGCAGCAGACCCCUGCUCCUCCUUUCCAUGGCUCGAAAAGGGUCCGUGCCAUUCUCAAGCUUGAUAAGCUGGAUGAUAGUAGCAGGAGAUGGGAGAAUGCCGAUGUGCUUAUUUUUAACUCAGGGCAUUGGUGGACUCCCAGCAAAUUGUUUGACAUGGGUUGCUAUUUUGAGGCUGGAGGUGUGCUUAAGCUGGGAACAUCCGUCAAUUCUGCUUUCAAAAUGGCACUUGAAACAUGGGCUUCAUGGGUGAAGGAAAAAGUGGACUUAGAACGAACACGUGUCUUCUUCCGGACUUAUGAGCCAUCUCACUGGAGUGGCUUAAACCAAAAGGUAUGUGAAGUAACAGAAAAACCUACAACUGAGGCCAAAGGAACUGAUAUGAGUGAAUUUAGGGAUAUACUUGCUGAUGUUGUUGCGAACAUGAGCGUUCCCGUGACUAUACUUAAUGUUACUUUGAUGGGGGCCUUCAGGAGUGAUGCACAUAUUGGUAUCUGGAGCCAUCCUUCUACCAUACUUGAUUGCAGCCACUGGUGCCUUCCUGGAGUUCCAGAUGCUUGGAAUGAGCUAAUAUUUUCUCACCUAUUGACAAAUGGUUGGCGAACGCUGGCUACCUGACUAUUGACAUUGUACACUCAAUUUUGGUUCUUUUGCUCGAAUACCACGUCUGCUUCUUGCAUUUUAGUGUGCUGCUAAGGAGCCAAGACACGAAGUCUCACAGACAUCAGUAUCUGUACAAGUUGUUCGACUCCCCAUCCGUUUCCUCAAUUGCUUGAGUAAGAAUGCACAUAUCCUGUCAGAUAGAUAUUACAUUGUUGUCUCCUUUUGCGUUUUAGACAUAGAGAACAUCACGAUUUGUAACAUGUGCUUGUAACAGCAAUCGAACCGCAAUUUUGAAGCCCAUUUCUCUCGGAUUAAACAUGUCUGCUGCCAUUUGUUUGUGCA